AUGAAACAUGCAAAACAUUUUGAUGAUGGCACAUUUGCUAAGAAGUGCUUUCUGGCAGCUAGUGAGUCAUUGUUUUCCAUAUUUAAAAACAAGUCAGAGAGAAUAUCAGCCACCAGAGAUGUGUUGCUGUCAAGACCUUUAGAUGAGUCAGUAGGUGGAGUUGAUUCACCUCAGGUUAUGAUUUUUGUAAGUGUGAUAUUGUCACAUCUGAAUGUAAAACAUGUACAUACAAUUUUGACUUUGAAAGACACUAAACUUGCAUCUAUUACUAAUAAUGGAAUGCCUGGCACUGUAGGCAAACACAAUGAAUUUAUUACCUUGUGUGCAAAUGAUGAAUCUUUCCCACCUUUCUUGAAGUAUCAUUGUAUCAUGCAUCAGCAAGUUCUUUGUGGGCAUAUAUUGAAAAUGGCACAUAUUAUGAGUAUUGUCACAAAAAUUGUAAAUUCAGUUUGCUCACAAUCAUUACAGAGAAGAAACUUAAGACUGCCGUUAGAAGAAUUUGAUACCCACUAUGGAGAUCUAGAGGAAGAUUACUCACAAGUGUAUGAUAUGUGCUGGUUGUUGGAUCUUGCAUUUGUAACUAAUUUGACAGCUGAACUAAAUGACUUAAACAAAGAACUUCAAGGAAAAAAACAAACUAUCAGAACUCUUAUGUUUUCUGUAGUGUUUCAGCCAAAAAUUUGA